AUGGCAGGAAUUGAUGACAAAAAGGACAAUAACAUUGAAAUGGAAGAAACUGAAUCACUUGGGGAUAUGAAGAAACCCACAGCUGAAGACGCUUUAACAGGGGACAGCUCAGAAAUGACUAUUAAACCAUUGAACCAAGAAUAUUUAGAAGAUAGAAAAUCAAAUGCUCAAAGAACAGCUGAGAUUUACCGCAAUAUAAAACAGAACGAAGCAAACUAUAAAUCCUCGGGUGAGACUCCAUACGAUCUAGCAGCAGCGAGGAAAGAGGAGCAGUGUAAAGAAGUGAUGGAAUACUUACAGGAAAUAUCAAAUCCCAUUUUAACCAAGCUCGGGCAGUUUAAUAGAAAUGACUUCCAGGAUCUUGUAGCUCUGGGAACAUUUGCUUCCUAUGAAAACAGGGUGUUUUUGGCUGGGCCUUGUAACAUUGGAAAAUCGUCGCUUGCAAGUAUUCUUAUCGGUGAGGAAAUUCCAAAGACAUGGUUUUCAACUGAUGGACUGGUUAUUCAUUUCGGAAGAAACGGCAUCGACUUACAACAACGAAAGAUGAUUCCAUUGAAGAAAGGUAGUGGUGAUGUUUUAACGAAACUACUUCUUGGGAAUCCAGAAUUAAAGAAACAACCAAGGCCGCCAUUUCAGAGUAAAGAAGACGUUCCAGGUGGUCAAAAAUCAAAAAUAAUAGAAUAUCAGUUAAGUUCAUCAAAUACAGAUGCAGUUCCUUCCAAUAAGAAACGGCGAAAAACAACUCCAACAUCUAGACAGACCUCGUCUGGUGGACAACGACAAUUGUCACAUCAAUCUAAUCAGGAGACACCAAAAGACUUCCAGGAACCACCAAUUCAUACUGCCCAUUCCAUUCAAGAUGACUUAUUGGAAAAAAUUAGGAAAAGUACUUAUAUCAUGAACAUAGCACCAUCAGAUCUGGUCGAUUUUGGUGGGCAAAGAUCUUUUGAUAUGACUCAUCAGUUAUUUAUCCAGCACAGGGGAACGUUCAUUCUGAUGUUUGAUGGACGUAAAGGCCUUUAUACAAAAUUGACAGAAUAUCCACAAGGAGAUGUUACUGCAGCAUCUAUUUUAGAGCAUUGGAUUAACUCGGUAUUGACCUACUGUUACAAAACUGAAGAUAAAAUGCCGAGAAUUUUGUUUGCUGCUACCCAUAGUGAUAGCUUUUCAGAGGAUGAGAAAAGGAAACGAAUCCUUACAUUCAAUGAAGAACUUCGGAAAAUGUUCUCAUCACACAAGCUUCAUGAGCAUAUCAUGUAUGACAAUGUCUUUUUCAUGAAUGCAACAGAUGCAGCAGAUAGGGAUAUUGAUCGCUUGAAGGAAACAUUAGUUGGUAUCGCCUUUCAGCAAUCAACAUGGGGACAACAGAUGCCGAUUGUGUGGGUGCCUCUUGAUUUACAGAUAUCAGAUAUGAGAACAAAUGGAGUAAAGUUAGUAACAAAAGAAAGACUUUUAGAGAUAAACAAAUCUAAUAAUGAAUUUGCUCUGAAUGAAAGAAGAGUAGACGAUUUCUUACUUGUUCAACACUCAAUAGGAAAGUUGUUGUACUUUGAUGAACCUGCUUUAAGAGAUUUCAUUGUCAUUCAACCUACAGCAAUGGUCAAUAUCCUGAGAGCUUUCAUUACAGACAUAAUGUUUUGGCCAGAAAAAGGACCCGUUCGAGACAUACUGGAGAAAUUAUCAUCUACUGGAGUUCUAAAGAAGACAGACCUUUUUACUCUGUGGUCACAACCAGCUUUCAAAGACAUUUUGUCCGAUGUCAGGACAAAGGAAUAUAUAGUGCAGGUCCUCCUUCAUCUUGAUAUCCUUGUAGAACCUAAACGUUACACUGAAACGGACGCUGCAGCAGAUUUUUUUCUAGUACCCUGCAUUGUUAAGGAAAAAAUUCCUCAGAAUAUGCAGAGACAUACAACAGCUGACAGAACACUUUGCAUAGCUUAUCAUCUGAAGGAUACAGUAGUUCCAUCUGCUUUGUCGUUCAAACUUAUAGGGGCUGCAAUUAGCAUCUGGCCUCUGAAAGUAGAAGACAAUCGUUUUUGUCUUUAUUAUCAAUCUGCAAUUUUGGUUGCUGACAACAGAAAUGAACUUCAAAUUCAUGUUGAUGGACAGAGAAUAAUUGCAUGCAUCAUCAAUGACGUUUCAAAACAGAAUAUAUCACCGGAUCUAGCAACAACAACACAGGAAUGCCUGACUUUGGCACUUGGGCGAAUUCUUCAGUUUUACCGUCAUUGUUUUAGUAAACAAAUUCAACAUUUUAUGUCAGAUCUGUUUGAAAUAGAAGUUGGAGAAAGAUGCAAUGGUAAAACCUGUUUAAUUCCUUUGUCAGAUGCAAAAAAGAAAACACAAUGGAGAUGCCAGAAUGGGAAACUGCAUGAAACAAAAUGUCCUCUAAACUGGGUUUUUGAAAAGAAAAAGAAGCAUUGUGACUCAAAUUGUAAAGGUCUUGAAACAGAAACAUUGGCCUUGAGACCAGAUGAUCAGCAUUUCGUGCAAUUAGCAAGAACAAUCGGUAUUGGGGACUUCUACAACUUCUUCAUUGAACUUGGAAUGGAAAAAGCCGAUUACGACAACUUGAAUUUUCGUUAUUUCUCCAAUCCUAUGGAUUUUAUGUUGAUGGGGCUCUUUGAAUGGAGGGACAAAACAGAAAGUGACCAAAUGACUCCAACAUUUAGAAAAUUGCAGACGGCACUGAAGGCUAUUGAAAGACAGCACUAUCUGUGUCAGGUUCACAGAGAGGAUCAUACUUUAGUAGAAAAAGCUCAUAGUCGCCUACAAAAUGUUCCGUCAGAUGAUGUUAUCAAUAGUUUGACAGAAAAGAAGUUGAUAGGUGAUUGCAUUGUUCACCUAGGAGUUGAAUUGAAUCUUAGCAUUGGCAACAUCAAGGAAACUAUGCACAAUUUUCCAAGGGAUUUGAAUGGUCAAAUCCAUGAUCUUCUCACAAAAUGGAAGAAUUGUAAUGAAACCAAGAUGGUGAAACCAACAAUUUACCGACUAAUGGUAGCUUUAAAACGUGUAAAAGCGGCUCAAGGACUUAAUUUUGUAAACAAAACAUAUGGUGUAGAGUAA